CUGGGGGCUACGCUUGCGACUCGCUCGACUGCCGAUGGCGCGCUGCUGUAGUUUUGUGACCUUGCUGCAGUUGCUCUGGCUGGGCGCUCGCUUGAGCUGCGCCCAGAACUACUGCAAUCCCGCACUCUGCCCGGAAGGAGUGCGGCAUGUUGUCUGCGGGAAUAGUGGUCAAUUCGCGAGCGGCUGUCAGGGCGAGUUUGUCUCGCUCGAUGCUUACAUUCCGCUCAUCCUGAAGGAGCACAACGAUCGACGCAAUCUGGUCGCAGGCGGCGGACUGAGCGGCUUUCCGAGUGCCCUGCAUAUGGCGACGAUGUCGUGGGACUCGACGCUCGCCCAGGUGGCCGCCUACAACACGCUGCAGUGCCGCAUGGCGCACGACGAGUGCCGCAACACGAACACCUAUCGCUACUCCGGCCAGAAUCUGAGCAUUCUCUACACGCUCAACAUUGACACGGCGACAUUUCUGCGGGAUCGCAUCGCCGCCUGGUUCGACGAGUAUCAAUAUGCGACCAGUGCCGAUGUGGAGGUUUAUGUGCCGCGUGGCGGACCUGCCAUCGGCCACUUUACGACCAUGGUGAAUGAGCGCAACAAUCGCGUGGGCUGUGCCGUCGCCCGGUUCACGGACGCCAAUGGGCUGGAAAACACGCUCCUCGCCUGCAACUAUGCGGUCACAAAUGUGCUAAACAAUCCGAUCUAUCGGGCUGGACCACCGGCCUCCGAGUGUAUCAGGGGACGCAAUCCCAACUACACCAAUCUCUGUGCGGAGAGUGAGGAAUAUAGCUAUAAUACGUGGGCCGGCUAAUUUUCAUUUCCCUUUAAAUCCAACUCAAUUUCUCCUUCACUAAGAUUAUAUACCUUUAUUGUCCCAUGUAGGGGUUAGCCAUUAGUGUGAAAUUUCAAUUAAUGAAAUUCCAAGCUUUUUUACUGGGAUAAUACCAUAUUAUCCGUUCAUUUCCCCCCGUUUCAAACAUGUCAGCUGUGAGCACAAGCUAAGUAUCAGUAUACUGACUUAGCUGGGAUUUGAAAAAGUCUUUUAUGGUACUAUACUAUGGGCAAGCGUUUCAAUUCUAGAACCUAUGCUCGAAAGCAGUGAGAAAUACAUAAUUGUUCUCUGCCAUGUGUAUUUCAAUUUCCCUUUUAUUCACUAUAAACUAAAACCCAAGUUGGUUUGUGACUUAGCUAUAAAAUAUAAAAAUAUCCUAUGGCUUGUGCCGUAAAAGCCCAACGGUCUAAAGUAUCUAUUGACUUCCCUUUAUGAAAUAUUUACUAUAAAAAAAAAAAAGCCCAGUUGGUUUGUGACCUUGCUAAAAUAUACCAAAUAUCCUAUGACGUGCAAUGUAGUAUAAGCGCAACUUUAUCCGUGUAUAUCCCUUUAUAAAGCUUGUACUAUAAACAAAACCCUUUGCUCAAUUUGGUUGAUGGCUUGGCUAAAAACCCCACAAUA